AUGAAACACAAUGUUGAUCCCUUUCAUCGGGAAAGACAUCCCUCUGCCAAUAGGAGCCCUAGCUCUGCUGCUCUAUUCAGAUCACCAUUACUGAUUUGGUUCUCGGAUCGAGCUCUCGAAUGCAGACUGCAGAAUUCAUGGAAAGAAAGUCAAUCUAACAUCAUGAACCACUCUAUGGCAAGACAAGCAGAUAUGAACAAAGAAAAUGUACAUUCUGCCAACAUUCAAAAGCCCACUGAAAGGAUUACUAGAGCACGUGCUAAAGCCUUGGGCAUAUCUGGAAAUUUACCUCCACUACACCCUCUGGCUAAACAAGAACCCAAACAGGGUCUACAACCAAAGUCUAAAAGAGGGCCAUCUGAUAACAAAUCCUCCAUUGAUGUUGGCUCUAGCUUUCAGUCCAAAAGGAGGGCUGUUUUCAAAGAUGUCACUAACAUGGCUUUUGAUGAUUUAAAUAUCAAGGUCAUCAAUGACAUGGUGAAUCUGGAACCAGAUGUUUGUGUCACUAACAUGGCCUUUGAUGAUUUAAGCAUGAAGGUCAUCUAUGACAUGGUGAAAGUGGAACCAGCUGUUUGUGUGGGCUCUCAGGGGCAAAAGGGGAAGGUAAAAGAAACUGAAGAUAUGAACAAACAGAGCAUAAAGGAAUUAAGAGAAAUAACUUCACAGCUUUCCAUUAAAGUGGAUUCCUCAAAUGAUGAAGAAGUUCUUGACAUUGAUUCUAAGCACAAAGAUCCACAGAUGUGCAGUUUAUAUGCUGUUGAAUUAUAUAACAAUUUACGUGUCACAGAGCUAAAAUGGAGGUCUUCAUCUGAUUAUAUGCAAACAGUGCAACAAGACAUCACACAAGAAAUGCGUGGUAUUCUUAUUGAUUGGCUUGUGGAGGUUUGUGAAGAAUAUAGGCUAGCAUCUGAAACACUUUACUUAACAGUCACUCUUAUUGAUCGUUGUCUCUCUAAAAUGUACAUUGAAAAACAAAGACUUCAAUUGCUUGGAAUAACCUGCAUGCUCAUUGCCUCGAAAUACGAAGAAAUUUGUGCCCCACGUGUGGAAGACUUCUGUUUCAUCACAGAUGGCACCUACACUAGAAGAGAGGUAUUGGACAUGGAGUAUCAAGUUCUUGAAGUUUUAAGCUUUAAUCUGUCUGUUCCAACUGUAAAAAAGUUCCUUCGGAGAUUUAUUUUAGCAGCACAAAGUUCUUACAAGGUUUCAUUUGUAGAGUUUGAAUAUCUGGCAAACUAUUUAGCAGAAUUAACGCUGAUUGAGUAUGGAUUUUUAAAGUUUCUACCUUCUCUUGUUGCUGCAUCAGCUGUGUUCUUAGCUAAAUGGACACUUGAUCAGAUUGAACAUCCAUGGAAUCCUACCUUAGAACAUUAUACUAAUUAUAAAGCAUCGGACCUAAAAGCAACGGUUUUUGCACUGCAAGACAUUCAACUUAACAAUUCACCCCGCCUUCUUGCAAUACGCCAAAAGUACAGACAAAAACAGUAUAAAAGUGUUGCAACCUUAACCUCGCCAAAACCUGUGAUACCGUUGACCUAAUGGUUGACUUGACUAGAUGCUGACGUGUGAACAUAAGACAAGAUGAUUUAUCCACAAGGAACAGGAACUGGUUGUGUUGUAACUUGUAACUUUUCGAGAGCUGUCUUUGUGCAUCUCGCACAUUAUUAUGGCUGCUAUAUAAUUAAAUUAACAGCUUGUAUCUAAAACAAUUCAUU